CUCCGUUUCCGCCAGCGCGGGUCACGAUGGCGGCUGGUCCGAUAUCAGAGAGAAACCAGGAUGCGACGGUAUAUGUCGGCGGUCUGGAUGAGAAGGUCUCAGAACCCCUGUUGUGGGAGCUCUUUCUUCAGGCGGGACCAGUGGUGAACACACACAUGCCCAAAGACAGAGUUACAGGACAGCAUCAGGGUUAUGGCUUCGUGGAGUUCCUCAGCGAAGAAGAUGCCGAUUAUGCCAUAAAGAUCAUGAACAUGAUCAAGCUGUAUGGCAAACCCAUAAGAGUCAACAAAGCCUCAGCACACAACAAGAACCUGGACGUGGGCGCCAACAUAUUUAUCGGAAACUUGGACCCAGAAAUUGACGAGAAGCUGCUCUACGAUACUUUCAGUGCUUUCGGCGUGAUCCUUCAGACGCCCAAGAUCAUGCGAGACCCGGACACGGGCAACUCGAAAGGCUAUGCGUUCAUCAACUUCGCCAGUUUUGACGCCUCUGAUGCAGCAAUCGAGGCCAUGAACGGCCAGUAUCUCUGCAAUCGGCCCAUAACGGUCUCUUACGCCUUUAAGAAAGAUUCGAAAGGUGAACGCCACGGCUCGGCGGCUGAACGUCUGUUGGCCGCUCAGAAUCCGCUCUCGCAGGCCGAUCGGCCGCAUCAGCUGUUCGCGGAUGCUCCGCCCCCUCCCACUGCGCCCACGCCUGUAAUGACCGCACUGGGAGCAGGCAUUCCAAUACCAGGAAUGCCUCCUCCUGGCGCCUUCCCACCUGUGCCACCCCCAGGCUCGAUGCCACCUGGAAUGCCCCCUGGGAUGCCCAUGCCUCCUGCCCCAGGAACACCUGCCCCUCAGGCGGCCAAUGCUGUUCACCCCCCAGGACCACCCCCCUUUCCUCCGGCAGGGAUGCACCCACCAGGGAUGCCUCCUAUGCCGAUGCCCCCAACUGGACCUCCAGGUAUGGUACCUCCACCCCCCGGCCCCCCGGGGACCAAUCGUGCUCCGCCGCCCCCAGGCAUGCCACCUCCACCACAGAUGGGCAUGCCCCCCAGAGGACCAUUUGGACCACCAAUGGGUCCCCCUCCUCCGAUGCCACCUCCAGGCUAUGCUGGAGGCCCACCCCGACCACCCCCUUUCGGAUUCCAGAGGGCUCCUCCCAUGCCCCCGCGGCCCCCGGCGCCGCCCAGGGGUCCCCUACGUGCCCCCCUGCCUCCAUAAACCAACUUCUGUUUCACCUUCGCCUCGUUUUUAUUUUCUCGAUGACCCCCAGUAAACUGAUGGACAGAGGUUUUGCUUCUUUGUAUACAGAUGUUUUCAUUUGUUGUCCUUUUUUUCUCGCUGUACUUUCCUAGAUUAACAAGGAAUAAACCUUUUUAUACAAGUGA